CAACUUUCAUUCUCCUCUCAUCAUAACGAACGAAAUCGCCUUUGUCUUACCUAACUCUUUCAGCCAACCAUCCAUUGAGCAAUGUAGGUAAGCAAUGCAAUGGCCAGAGGACUUUGGUGAGGGGCACAGCGACUGCUUAUUACCAAGUACUUCAUUUAAGCCACAUCUCACCUAAACCUCGUAAUCUCAUCGUGCCAGGCUUUCGUAUUCUCUCCAGACCCAGCAAUGCCAUCACUUUCAGAUAGCGCAUUGCCUGCGCGGGGAACGGAAGCGGAUCACAGACCUCCUUCAAGUCAGUCUCGUCACCAAAGAGCUGUAGCGGAGUUGACAGAGUCUACCGCGCCAACCAUCGACGACUCGUUACUCGAAGGUACUCGGAUAGACCGGCCGGUACAAGACUGGGAGCACCAUGGCAUGGCGGCACGACCGGAUCCGGACCGCCGGGUCCACGAUCGUAUCCCGAUGGCGCCGGAACAGCAUGUGCCGCUGGAUAGAAUGAGCACUGCUGUGUACUUGGUGCUCUUCUCACUAGCAGUGAUCGGAUUUUUCAUGGCCAAACUCGCUGCGGAUGCUUUCCUUCCCCAAAUCAACUUCAGGUUCCCAUUCCCAUCUCUAGGGUCUAUCUUGAGCGGCCGUCCCAAAGCUUCUGUAACCCAGUCGUCGCCAUCCUCGGGGUCUUGGUUCAAGACGGCCACCGAGACCGCUGCCAUUGUUAUCAAAACCAUCGUAGCCACCCUCGGUGGCAGAUAUAUGAUCACCAACGGGUCUCAGUGCCUCGUCGACUUCUUUCCUGCAGGAUCUGUGCCGUCGUCCCUCUUGGAAAACAAUACUUUGAGGCAGACCCUUACGCUUGUCAGCUACUUCACCCUGCCCACCGCAACAUCAGCGACAGUCUCCUCAGUUGUCCCAGGCGGCUUCUGCGACCCAAAGGCGAACAUUCUCCGGUUCUGGCCGCCUCGAACACGGGAUGAUAUCAAAGCAAUACUAGACGGAUGGGCCGGCCUCGCGGGUCUUCACUUGAAGACGGGCGGGAGGAUGACGCAGAUUUCCAAGUGGAAAUGGACUUUUGGACGAGCAUUCAUGUGGUUGCUGGGGAUCGGUACCUGGACGACAGUCGAGAUAUACAUUGGCCCGUGCUGGUAUUAUCCUCUAGCAUGGAGAUUUUGGUUCACGAUAAUGUCAGUCUCUUUGGUCUCAUGGGUACUUGGCAAUGCGAAGAGAUUGCUCGUGACGAAAUGGGCCUCGGUGGGACUGGUGCACCUGGAGUUGAUGGCGUAUCUUGCGGUCUUUCACUUGGCCAGGCAGGCAGACUUGGAUGGAUUCUGCUCGAAAGCGGGCUGUUGGUAAGCUGCAGUUUUCUGGGUGUGCACUAUGAAGUCAAUUCUUGUAUUUCUGGGCUAUUCUCCGUUAUUUUUGCGACUCGCAUACAGAGACUUGGGCACAUUGCCCUAGAUAUCCCAUCCAUGUCUUUUGACGUCUUGUUCAUACCUCACUGAAUGCUUAUAUUGCCAACUGUGGUCCUGAACGGUGUACGUAUGACAAUGUCUUUUUUAUGGGCUGGACCCAAUUAGCUUCGACCAUGAGGCCUUCUCAAGGGUUCUGUCGAAGAUCCUUUCCCUGGCUGAUGAUAGGGAAGUAUAUUUCACUGUAUCCUUUAAGCAUUGUACAUUACGUAGCUAGAAGCUUCCAAC